AUGCUCCGGCCGGCGACCUCUCUCUCUGUGGCUGCGCCCACGCUCCCUACCAUCUCCCGCCUCGGCCGUGGCGCGGCUCCGCCUCUCAGGGGCAGAAGGUCGGGCACCACCGUGCGCGCGCGCAUGCCGCUGGAGCAGCAGCAGGUAACGCUGCCGUCGCUGGCGCACCGGGAGGUAGCGCGAGCGCUGGCAGCCGAGGCGGCAGCAGCCGUGCCGCUGCUGCCCUCGGCUGUGCCCGUCGACGUAGCCGACUUCCGGAACAGCGCUGGGACCGCCGUCGGCACGCUGGACGUGCGCCGAGGCGAGCCUGCCUCGUCGAUUGAUUUCAUGCUGCACUCAUCACUUCACUGCAAAGUCCCAAAUGGCGCAAUUGACAUUACGUCGGUCCUUAUUUUCCUAAAUGCCUUGACGGAUGCACCACAUUUCCUCAUGGAGUUCAUACAAGGCAGCCAAACUUCAAUGGUUGUGAUUCUUGAUCUGCUCCCACGGAAAGACCUCGCGCUCCACCCGGAGUACCUCCAAAAGUACUAUGAACAUACUCACUUGGACAAGCAACGUGAGAAGAUCGAAGAAUUGCCACAAACCCGUCCAUACCGGUCGCCAUCGCUCUUUGUGCGCAGCGCAUGUUCUCCAACAGCGGUGUCGGUCACCAUCGACUGCGGGCAAGGAGGGGAGGGUACCUUGGAAGAGAUAGUGUGUGGUCAUCUGGCAUCAGCUGUGAAGGAGGUUCUUCAAAUCUGGGUUCAUAGUUGUGCUCGUGACACCUCCGAAAUGGAAGAGGCCGAGAGGGAGAUCAUGAUCAAGAGGGACCAAGCUGUAAGAUCGAAAUCAAUCGAGGUCGACCUAACUGCAAAUUUGCCUAGGAUGUUUGGUCCCGAUGUGUCUGGCCACAUCAUUGCUGAAAUCCGUAAGGCCUUUGGGGUACAACUACAAGAGGCCUAG